AUAUUACACUCCUCUUCAGCCAGCAUUUUACCCUUUUCCUUUCCAUGAAAUGAUGACUGCAUCUCCAGACAUGGAGAUGAUGGAUGAACAGCAAGAUCUUCAGGGAGUUUUGAAUCCAAACUGCAUUCAGGAGCCUGUUCAAGCUGCUCCAAAAGGAAGGAAGAGAAAAACUAAAUCUACUGAACCCAAAAAGCCUGCUGCUAAAGCUGCCAAGUCAAAAGGCAAACAAGAGAAAAUCACAGACACUUUCAAAGUCAAAAGGAAAGUGGAUCGUUUUAAUGGUGUAUCUGAAGCUGAAUUGUUGACCAAAACACUGCCUGAUAUACUGACUUUCAAUCUGGACAUUGUAAUUAUUGGUAUAAAUCCAGGCUUAAUGGCAGCCUACAAAGGGCAUCAUUACCCAGGACCUGGAAACCACUUUUGGAAGUGUCUGUUUUUGUCUGGACUUAGUGACCAACAGUUGAACCAUAUGGAUGAUCAUACCUUACCGCAUAAAUAUGGUAUUGGAUUUACAAAUAUGGUGGAAAGGACAACACCAGGUAGCAAGGACCUUUCCAGCAAAGAGUUUCGGGAAGGAGGACGCAUUCUGGUGCAGAAAUUACAGAAGUAUCAACCUAAAAUAGCAGUUUUUAAUGGAAAAUGUAUUUAUGACAUAUUUAGUAAAGAGGUUUUUGGAGUGAAGGUUAAAAAGCUGGAAUUUGGACUGCAGCCUCAUAAAGUUCCAGACACAGAAACUCUCUGCUACGUUAUGCCAUCAUCCAGUGCAAGAUGUGCUCAGUUUCCUCGUGCGCAAGAUAAAGUUCAUUAUUAUAUAAAGCUGAAGGACCUAAGGGAUCAGCUAAAAGGCAUUACAUCAAACACAGAGAUCCAAGAAGUGCAAUACACCUUUGACUUGCAGCUUGCACAAGAGGAUGCUAAGAAAAUGGCCGUCAAAGAAGAAAAAUAUGAUCCAGGUUACGAAGCAGCUUACGGGGGAGCUUACAGUGAGAAAACAGCCAGUGAGAGUGAACCAUGUAACUUUUCUUCAAAUGGAACAGCAUCCAAUGCAGAAUAUAGCAGUGGAUCUUCCUUUGGAGAUGUCCCCAAUGGACAGUGGAUGACAGAAUCCUUUACAGACCAGAUUCCCGAAUAUAACAACCGUAGGCCACAAGAGGAACAAGGAAACAAUGCUUAAAGUCUGCCUUUUCAGUC